AGUGGACCUUGUAGCUAACCUUGACAUUCUAGUUCCCCUACAAAGCAUCCAAGGAUCUUUUGCAGAUAAAAACCCAAGGAAUUCGUCCAGAAUGCCUUCGAGGCUUACACCUACCCUUUUUCCUCACCCAGAACAGGAAUCGGAAGAUUCUGAAUGGACCCACGGCGUACAAGUUUCUAUUCCAGCCAGGCCGUUCCCGUCUGGCAAUUUAUCCGCAGGAAGUACUCGCACGAGAGCAAAAAAUCGGCAAAAAAACGUCUUUCAGUCAAGUGCAAGCUCGUCUAGCAUCCCCCCUUUGAACUCCAAUUCUGCAUCUCACGUACCAAAGUACUCUGACAUCUAUUCUCAGUUCGUGCGGCGAUACAGGUCUGAGCCUGGCCUCGAUGGCGAUCCUCGCAAUGAUCCAGAUAGCAACUACUUUCAGAGAGGGCUGGGUCAGUUGGUGGAUGCUGGAGAUAGCGAUGACGAGGAUCUCAAUCGUGGUUUGCUUAUAACGGGAAACGAUGGAAUUGAAAGGUUUUCUAUUCUUAUGCACGAAUCUGAACCUAUCAAUCCAGAGACCUUAGAAGAUAGACAACGUCUGGAAUGGCAGACUAUGCUUGCAUCUGUCUUGGAUGGAGAUGUUCUCAAAUCCGAGAAAACGCGGAUAGCAGUCGCCUUGGAGUCAUCUACGGAAGAGCAGAAUAAUAUUCGUCUAAAUAUAUGGCUCGGUAUACGGGCCAAGUUCAGCGGUCGUGCGGAAGAAGAAGAGCGCAAGUGGUUGGAGGAGCGAAGAUUACGCACGGUGGAAUCUGUGAUCGAGGAGAUCAAUAUCUUUCAGAUUAGCGAGGAAGAACAUGAUACAACCUCUGCGCUCAAACGGGUCAACGCCGUGCUACUUCGUUUAGAUGCAGCGCAAUCUCUCUACCCCAGUCUCAAGGCAUUCUAUAUCGAUAAACCUGCCGCCAUGGACAGUUCAUUUCAAGCUCGCUGCGAUACUCUCUACACCUGGUCAACAGUACUCUGGUCACUAAAGCGUCAGAUAGCUUUGCUUCGGCGGUGGACAGGGAGUGAGAAUCUUGAUGUCACACAACCCAACACCAAUCCAGAGAUACCGAUUGGUGCACACUCUCAACGCAAUAGUAGAAAUGGUUCCGCCGACUUGGCGGAUGGCACGACUUUCGUAGAGAGAGUCUUGAAAGAGGAUUCGAUCCAAAAGACCUUCGAGAAGGGUUUCUUGACGACCGUUCACGCUUUUAUAGGUGCUGCCCGCGAUGCCCAAGUGAAUUUGUCUUCCCUAUUCACUGAAAUGAACCUUCCCAAUUUCGAGCAUGAAUUGGUGCCGCUCAUAUCAUUCCCCACCAAACUCGCUCAGGCAUGUUUACGGGUACGAUUGGACUACGUCCAGAAACUCAAAGAUCCCGAAGUUCUGAUUAUAGACCAAGUAACAGAGGAUGUCAAGAUCAGUUUGGGGCUCGCUUGCACCCUAAAACGGCAAUAUGAGGCUUUUUUGGCUCCGGAUCCAGGUGGCAAAUGGAACCUGCCCCGAUGCAUAAGCGAAGAUUACGACUCGACCAUCCUCGAAGCCCUCUCUGUAUUCUUCAGACUUAUCCAUUGGAAGUUAAAGAGUGGAGUCAAAGGCAUUUACUUCAAGGAGACAGACGUGUUAGAAGCACAGUGGGCUACCUUCAAUGAUGUGAGCAUGACUGUAGUAGGUGGAUCAUCUCUUGUGGCAGAACAGCUCUGUGCUUUGACUAACAAGUUGAUGGUACGAGUAACAAAUUACUUUGAGACUCAAGUUCGCGUCCCAACCUCCGAGGUGACCUCCAUAAAUCCCAGGCUUCUCAAAUCAGUUCUUCAUGGAAUUCCACGUGCUCCGGGUAGUAAUAGCCAAAUGAACAGCGAGCAAAUGUCUAGUUGGUAUGGCAAGAUUCUAGACAACGUGCGCUUACGCUAUCGUAAGCUACAGCGUUUCGCGAGAGUGCUCACUCAGAGAUUUAGCAACUCUGCCGAAUAUAAUCUGGAAGGGGUACUCUUGGAACACUUUAUCUCCAUGCUUGUUGCUACGGACCACGUCCUCGUCUACACUCAGACUUACGAAGAGGAUGGGACAUACAUAGUAGCACCAAAUGUUUUGCGCGACCGCCCAGACGCCAUCCGUCGAAUCUUGCUGGAAUCGUUCCAUGUCAACGAGAUCAUGACUGACGACGGUAUCCCUGUUAUGGAUAACCCGGAUUUCAUAGAGAACGACUACGACGAAGCCGGAUACCUCCUCGUUCUUUCUCCUCGAAGUCAAUUCCUAUGGAAUGGACUAGUGCUCAUGCUGGAACUUCCAAAGAUCGACUUGGACCUGAAAGACAACCGCGUCAGGCUUGUCGCCGAUGGACCUCAACGACGUCUGGCCAUUGCCAAACAGCAGUUCGCGGAGGUUUUCGCUAGUGUAUACGAAAACGGAGAUCCCAUCGAUUCGCCACUCGCCUCUCUUCCAUGCUUGGCUGAACAGCAAGCACAUGUCCCCGUCGUCAACCGAGAAUUGAGGAAGAUAGCCCGCGCAACUAAUAGAUUGGCAGAGGCCAUUGUGGAUUCUGUUCAUCACGUCCGGAAUUCACUCAGAGUAGACAUGGGCUGUCAGGAGCUUUUGGAGAAUUGGUACUCGUUUGCCUCGGAGCACGGCCAGCAUGCUCAGAAAUACAUGGAGCGGUCGACGUUGCACAAGUUCAAUCGACUGCUUAUUCGACUCGCUAUUUCCUGGGUAUCGUUUAUCUGCGAUGACUGCGAUCCAACCGAUCGUAAGACAUUCAGAUGGGCUGUCAACGCUCUAGAAUUUACGCUACACCGUACGAGGCGAAAUAACAUCAUCCAGAUGCCCAACGAACAAUUUGAGAUGCUUAGACAGAAAGUUGCCAGCUGCAUGACGCUCCUCAUCAGCCAUUUCGAUAUUCUAGGUGCACGGUCUACCCUUGAAGCCCGUAAGGAGAAGGAGAGGCAAGAGGAGUUGUUGCGACAGCAAGCAGUGAACUCGAGGCCAGAUCAAGAACCAGGUUUCACAGCGUCCGUACCUCCUGAGUACGACGAUAGUCUGCUCACCCUGGGCGCAUCUGCAUACACCGACAUCAAUGUGCAGCUCUUUUGGGACAAGGCUGCGAGGUCACUCCGGGAUCUUGAAAGUGGGCGGGCUCGUGUAGGUGCAGAACAGAGGGUGGUCGGUCGCGUUCUGGACGACGAAAAACCCGAAGAUCGUUCUCUCGUGUUCCUCGCCUCCUCCAACUCCAAUAUCUCGAUAAGAUGGCAACAAGGGAGAUUCAUCGGCGCCGGCGCCUUUGGAUCUGUCUAUCUCGCCGUCAACCUGGACUCGGGCUCACUCAUGGCUGUGAAGGAAAUCAAAUUUCAGGAGCUUUCUGGUUUACCCAAUCUAUACUCACAGAUAAAGGAGGAACUCAGUGUCAUGGAGGUACUGCAUCACCCCAACGUCGUCGAAUACUAUGGAAUCGAAGUUCAUCGGGACAAGGUUUAUAUAUUCGAAGAGUACUGUCAAGGUGGAAGUCUGGCGGCCUUGCUUGAACAUGGCCGUAUCGAGGAUGAGAGGAUUAUUCAGAUUUAUACUAUGCAGAUGUUGGAGGGACUUGCUUAUCUGCAUUCCAAAAACAUAGUUCACAGGGACAUCAAACCCGACAAUAUUCUCCUCGACCAUCGCGGCGUCAUCAAGUUCGUAGAUUUCGGCGCCUCAAAGAUCCUUGCCAAGAACCAGCGCACGAUGCAGCGCUCCCGUCGCGGACCAGAGGUAGUUGUGAACAUGCCCCCCAAGGGCGGCGGUCUCGUGAACAACAGUCUAACAGGAACGCCGAUGUACAUGUCUCCAGAGAUCAUCAAGAACGACAAGCGAGGCAGGCGCGGGGCGAUGGAUAUCUGGUCUUUGGGGUGCGUCGUGCUCGAGUUCGCGACGGGUAAGAAACCGUGGAGUAAUCUCGACAAUGAAUGGGCUAUCAUGUUCCACAUCGGAGUUGCCACGCAGCACCCUCCCCUCCCCGAACCCGGCCAACUAAGCGAGCUCGGGAUCAACUUCAUAAAGCAAUGCCUCACCAUCGACCCCAUGCGGCGUCCCACCGCCGUCGAGCUGCUCGAACACCCCUGGAUGGUCGAGUUCGGAGAGGCGUUGAUGAGCUACGAGGAGGCUGAGAUCGCGACGAGCCCGCCUGCCGAGAUGCCUGCGGAGGAGGCGUACGAGAACGCGACGGUCGCGCGGCAGGCGGCCAUCAUCCAGGAGAAGGAAGUCGAGACGAUCAACCUCCCCUCUCCUACGCUAUCGACGACGACGGAUUCGUCGCCUAAAACUGAGUGAUGGAGAUGGCCGAUGCAUGUAUGCUGCAUGGACCCCACCCCCCCUUUCCCCCCUUUUCUGCUAUUAUUUCCUUUAUGCUCGCCGCAACUCUUUUUUCCCUUCUUUUUUUCACAUUGUAGCACUAACCAACUCAUUCUUCAUUUAAUACGUACAUGUAAUCGCACGCGUUGUUUUCUACCGGCAUGAAAUACACACAUAUGGCCUUUUAACCAUUCACCGUACCGUGGGUCAGCGUUAGACGGCGAUGCCAGCACCGUGUGUAUCACUUGAGCUCAUGAGU